UGUUUUGUCCUUCUCAUAGAGUCUUAGCUAAAAUGUUUAUUUUGCAACUUGAACUACUUUACACAAUAUAUUAUAUUUCCACACACGCUUCUAGCAAAAACGUUUGUGCACCCUUACCACAUAGAGUAGGUUUCAAUUUAUCACUUUUUUUUUUGGUUGUUCUUCACUUGACCAUGGCCAUAUUUUCCGAAUCCUUAACCAUUAAAGCAAUGAUGCAAUCAUUUAGCAAAUCAUCAAUUUAUCAACGUCGUCGUCGUCGUCACUGAGCCACCCACUUGAUGGGUUCAUAGAAUAUGGAAUGGUUCGACUGCUUGUGCUGACUCAGUUCACUGAUGACGGCUCUAACAAAAACAUUACAAAUUCUCGCUGCGUUGGCAACUCUGCUCGGUUGCAACAUCUAUCGCUAUGCCCCAGAAUGUGGCAAGUUUAAGCGACGUCAAGCACUGCAAUUCGUCAUCUCGCUGAUGCACUUCAUCUGGAUUCGCCCAUGGAUGUAUCUUUCCAUGACUCUGUACUCAAUCUUUUAUAUCAAACACUUUCUGCAGAUAUUAUCGCUAACUGCGAAUCCCAAUGAUUAUGGCUUGCAAAUGGUUUACUAUCUCAGCGCCAUCAUCUUGCGGUAUCAAUACAUAGUCGUGUGUGUGGCUUUCUUGUAUAUCUAUAAACACUUCAAGAACGAGGUGCAAACGAUGCUCAACGAAUUUGUGCUCAUUUAUCGUGACAGUAGAAGACUCAGUGGAAAUGAACCUGCCAUCAAUUGGUGGCUAUUUCUUGUGUAUGUAAAAGAAUCUUUUAUUCCUGCUGCGGAUAUGUUUUCCGAAUAUGAAAUCAGUCGUUUGCCCUAUGUUGGACCUGAAUCCAUAAUCAGCAGGUUUUGCUUUCUAUCGGCUGUGUUAUUUGUUUGCCUUCAACCUUUUGUGCUCUCAAUGCUGGUUCAUUUGGGACUUUUGCUGCUGUAUGGCUGCUACAAACAGCAGUUGCAACUCCGACGUUGCCACACAGCUACCGCACACAAAGAGCUCUUGGAUCACUAUAUGGCAUUGAUGAAACUGCGGAAAAGUUUUGAACCAUUUUUCCGUCCAUUCGUUUGGACAGCUCUCUUAGCACAUCUCACGGCAUUUAUGCUCAACUUUCAUAUAUUUUUGUACGAUCAGCAUAAUAUUAGGCAUUUUCUGCACAUCUCGGUUUACGCAAUGCUCUAUCCACUUUGUCUGCUGCAGCAAUGUCUCUCAAUAAGCUCAAUUGAGAAGCAGUUUGGAUCGCAAUUACUGCGCUUUAGAAAGAAUGGCAAGAAACAAUCUCAGGUGAGUCUGCAAAUCUUCUGCCUCUACAAGUUGGUUCUAUUUAGUGCCAGGGAACGCAGCAACUGGAAUAUUUUUCAAUAUAAUCGCAGUCACAUUCUCGAGGUUUUCUACUAUAGUUGGGUUUUGUCCAUGUUUACAAACAGUCUGCUUGUUGCCUCCCCAGAGGCUUGGACAAAGCAUUACAAUCUGACGCAUUCUAAACCCUAGAUUAUUUAUUUAUU